AUUAGUCAUCAUCGGGGCCCAAUUUUUGCAUUGGCCCAUCUUAGUGCGCAGUGGGUUACGGUGGGAAUUCUUUUUAUUUUUUUUUUGUUUGGAAGAGAAGGAACACUUGACCGUUGUUAUGUGUCAUUUCCAAAAAACUAGCCGUUGCUUUACCACUUUGUUUCUCAAUUCUCAUAAAAACCCUAAAUCCAUCUUUCCCUCACAAAGAAUCAAUCAAUUAACCCCAAUACUUUAUAUUCUCGAAAGCCAUUUUCUUCUUUUAUUCCUAGUCAGAUUUCAGAUAUGGCGUCAAGAACAGCCUCCAAAGACAUAAUCACACUUCGUGGUUCAGCCGCAAUCGUCAGUGAAUAUUUUGGCUAUGCAGCAAAUAGCAUUUUGUACAACAGAGGAGUAUAUCAUGAAGAAAGUUUUAAAAAAGUGAAGAAAUAUGGUCUCACAUUGUUGCUUACUGAAGAUGAAGGUGUCAAGACCUUUGUUUCUAACUUGACUGCCCAACUCGCUGAGUGGUUGGAAACUGGAAAGCUACAAAGGGUGGUUCUUGUGAUCAUGAGCAAGGCCUCAGGUGAGGUAUUAGAGAGGUGGAAUUUCAGUAUCGAAACUGAUAGCGAGGUUGUUGAGAAAGGUGUUUCAAGAGAGAAAAGUGAUAAAGAAAUAAUGAGGGAAAUUCAAGCAAUUAUGAGGCAAAUAGCAUCCAGCAUCACUUAUUUGCCUUGUCUUGAGGAACCAUGUGUGUUUGAUGUGUUAGCAUACACUGAUACUGAUGUUGCUGUUCCAUUCACUUGGAUUGAGAGUGACCCUAAACUGAUUGCAAAUCCACAAAUGGUAAAACUGCACUCUUUUGACACUAAGAUUCACAAGGUUGACACUUUGGUUUCGUAUAAAAAUGAUGAUGAAUGGGAUGAGUCCUAGACCAUCGAUCCUUGUUGUACUUUACUUGGUUGUCAUUGUGAAUCAUUGAUUCACAUUUUGUAUGUUAGAUUGUGUAAACCUUGAAACACAUAUAUGUUAUUUGUAUCCUCAAUGAAGACUGUGCAGUGAUGUUACUCUCUUU